UGGCCGACUGCGCAUCCACGGGAUUGGUAUACCUUUAUAUUUACAUCUGAUUUCUAGCGCUCGUUCCAGUUUAUUUACAUUUCAGUGUGUGCAAUAUCAAUUUUGCAAGCUUUGAAGAGAGAUGGUCCUGUAGUAUAAAUUUUCAGUAUUGGCAGUAAAUAUUGAAACAGCUAUAGCACGUUUGCAACAAUAUUUUUAGAUAUUAAAGUAUCUAAAAUUUUGGAGAGAAAUUAAUACAAAGGAUAUAAUAUAUUACAAAGAUUACUAGUAAUCUUUAGAAUAUUAUAAUGGAUUAUGAGAAAUAUUACAAAAGAAUGCCAGAUGGAACAUACAGCAUACAUUUCCCUAAUAAGAAGGGAUUCAGUAAAGAAGAAAUACAUAACAUGUUUUCUCCUUAUGGAAAUGUUUUAAGUGUGACUUGGAAGGGAGAUAACAUCAAUGGACUUAUAUUCAUAAAAUAUAAAAUGCUACAGGAAACAUUAUACUGUUUGGAAAGCUUACAGAAAAGUAAUGAUAUACGUAUAUUACCACAGAAGGAUAAAAUUGGCAAACAAAAAAUUCAACAGAGUUCGAAUGAAUGGGAGGCAGACAGAAUGGAUAAUUCACUUCAAGAAACAUGUGUUGAUAAGCAUCAUUCAAACAACACCUACAUUAAUAAAAACUUUACAUAUGAAGAGAAGCCAACUUCUCAUAAAAGAAAUUCUGACUGUACUGACAAUUUUUCAGAUUCUAGUUUUUCAAGACCAAAGCACAACUAUAAAUCUUAUAUGAAUGCAAUUAAUUCUAACAAAUUUAAUUCAUUAGUAGUGGAUGAGAAAAAUAUUUUGCAAUACCGAAAACAACAAAAUUGUAACAACAAAAUAUUGCCUUAUAACCAAAUAAGAAAGCAACAAGAGAUCGAAUUUCAUGAGCCAUCAAAAUCUGACGUAAAAUAUUCUAUACAGGAUAAAGAUACACUUAAUGGUAGCAAAAUACCAUCAUUAAUUUCUGAUCUAGAAAUAAAGUCAAAAAGAUCAGAUAUUUUUAAAAUAGAUCACUCACUAAAUUCUGUUAAUAAUACUUCACAUAAAUAUGUAGUUAUACUGCAAGAAGUGAUAGUUGCUAACAUUCACGUGAACUAUGGUGUACAUUAUAUUUUGCAUUUAUUUGAGAAACGUAAUCCAAUUUCGGCAACGCUCGUGAAGACAAUUUUUAAAACUGACAUACGAUAUUGUUCUGUUUAUUUUAUGAAUGCAGAGGAUGCUUUAGCUAUUGAAAAAGAGUUUGAUGAUUUUGCAUUGUCAGGGAAAAACCUUAUUGUAUUACGAAAAUCUCAAUUAAGUAAAACUAUAUCCCAUUGAACUAUAUAACAUACUGGAAGGACCAAUGCCGUAGUGGGGGCCGAACCGUUCUGUAAGACAAAGGCCACAUCCAAGUGGUAUCUUCCUCUCUGUCUUACUAACAUUUUAUAGACUAUUGCUACUAAUUUUUCACAAUAUAUAGGGUGAGUCUGAAAAAGAUACCAGAUCUUUGAAGAAUUAAAAGAAAUAGCUCUUAGUCUUAUGUUAGCUUGACAGUUAAUACACGAAUACAUGUAAUGAAAAUCAUUUAUUCCAGAAUUGGAUUUUUAUUUUCUUAAGCUUUUUAGGCCCGGUUGCACCAACGUUAUUUUUAUUUUAAGUGAGACUUAAAUAUAAGUCUGUUUUUAUUUAUUCAGAAAGGAAGAUAAAGAUAGAUAUAUAUUUAGGUUUCACUUAAAGCCAAAAUAAUGUUGGUGCAACCAGGCUUUAGUGAAAUAAUAUUCUGACGUAAAA